CUUCACACUUGACUGCCUGAAGACCAAAUAUGCUCAACAUCAACCUCUGUGCCCCCUCGAAUUUGAAUCUUUCAACCAAAAGCUGAACCAAUAAACCCAAGCAUGAUUUCAAAUGACAGCCACACCAUCGCCUUCACCGAGGUAGACGAGGCCAACCAUCCUACUGCUACUUACGUCUACUCCAAAACAUUGGAGCAUCUUCCCCGCGAUAAGAAAAAGAGCAGGAUUACAGGGCGUGUGGAUGUAAUACAUCCAUCCUCUAAACCUCACUCAUGGUCUCUAUCCUCUCUCUCCAAUCUCCUAAUCGAUGUGUUCCUUCCUUCUGGCUAUCCUCACAGCGUCAGUAAUGAUUACGUCUCGUACCAAAUCUUUGACUCGCUCCAAGCUUUCAGUAGUUCCAUUGCCGGUCUCUUAUCUUCGAGAGCAGUACUACAAGGCGUCGGUGUGGGCAAUGCGGAUGCAUCUCCGACAGCUGCUCUUUUGCUUCAUAUUCUCCAAGACUCAUCCGGCCGGGUUGCGACCAUUUUGUUUGCACAUAGGGUCGGCACUGCCCUGGAACCAGAAUGUAAAAUGUAUCGUCUUGCUGCUGACGUAUUCAAUGAUGCUGCCAUGAUCCUAGACUGUCUUUCUCCGAUAAUCCCAGCAGGGGUUAGUCGGGUGACAGUUCUUAGCACAGCCGGUGUGCUACGGGCUCUGUGCGGCGUCGCAGGAGGAAGCUCCAAGGCGAGUUUGAGUGCACAUUUUUCUCGAUGGGGGAAUCUCGCAGAGGUCAAUGCGAAAGACUCCUCGCAAGAAACUAUCAUCUCUCUUAUUGGGAUGUUGGUUGGCUCCUUCGUUGUUUCUCGUGUAACGAGCUACACUUCAACCUGGAUCUUACUGGUAAUGCUCCUCACCCUGCACCUGAGUCUCAACUACGCUGCUGUUCGCUCCGUGCAAAUGACCAGUCUGAACCGGCAAAGAGCAAACAUCGUCUUCUCAACCCUACUAGACUCUGACCCGGAUCUUGACAUCGACGAUGUCAAUCUCACCCUACAAGCCCACACAAAACCAAAACAAACCAAUGUAACUCAAUCUAAAAGCCAGUGGCACAUACCCACCCCAGGGCAAGUCUCCAAACAAGAGAAGAUCUUCGAGGCCGAUGGUGUCCUAAGAUGGAUCUCAUCUGCUGCAUCAACACAAUACAAACUAGGCUUCUGCCGUAUCGGCGUCUCCCUCGAGCAAUUCCUUGCCCCAUCCUCCUCGCCCCAUACAGAAUCCGGUUCCCUCAGCACCCCAAUACCAAUGUCUUGGCUCUUCGCUCUCUUCGAAUCAGAAGACUAUCUCCUCUUCUUGCAUCAUGACUGCAAAUUAUGGAAUGCAAAGAUCCUCCUGAAAACGAGCAGUACCACUCGAUCACAGCUCAAGGCCUGGAUGCACGCUUUACUAGCUGCGCGGGUUUUAUGUCUGUCAGCAGAGAAAGCGGAGGUGCAAGGCGAUGAGGUGGAGAAUGAGCAUAUCAAGGACGCGAUAUCUCAAACAUUGACUUUUUUGAACUCUGAGUGUCGCGCUGGUCAGUACAUGUCAGCUUUGACACAGGCAGGAUGGGAUAUUAACAUUGCAGCGUUGGAAACGAGGUCUGGCCGGCGAGUAGCUUAUGAUUAUUGAAGAACUUCAUACAUUGGGUUAUGGGAACAUGUUCUAAAAUAGUGUAAGCUUGAUCUCACAGCCCAUCAAAGGCGUUAGUUACCUCACCAUAAUCAAAACACA